CUUAUAGAAAAAGUGAGGACUUCGAUUUUUUGGAAAGAGAAAACACGAGAUGAGAGCUUAAAUAAGAAACACCACAACAAGGGUUCGUUUUUCGGUCUGAGAGAAGAAGAAGAAGGAAGAAGAAGAAGGAAGCGAUGUCAGACCUAGAUAGGCAAAUAGAACAACUCAAAAGAUGCGAACCACUAAAGGAAUCUGAAGUAAAAGCUCUUUGCUUAAAAGCUAUGGAAAUCUUAGUUGAAGAAAGUAAUGUUCAAAGAGUUGAUGCUCCUGUUACUAUUUGUGGUGACAUCCAUGGACAGUUCUACGACAUGAAAGAGCUUUUCAAAGUUGGAGGGGAUUGUCCGAAGACGAACUACUUGUUUCUUGGUGAUUUUGUUGAUAGAGGAUUUUACUCUGUCGAGACAUUUCUACUGUUACUAGCCCUUAAGGUUAGGUACCCUGAUCGGAUAACACUUAUAAGAGGAAAUCAUGAGAGUCGGCAGAUCACACAGGUUUACGGGUUCUACGAUGAAUGUCUUCGCAAAUAUGGUUCUGUAAAUGUUUGGAGAUACUGCACAGAUAUCUUCGAUUAUCUAAGUCUGUCUGCACUCAUUGAGAACCGAAUUUUCAGUGUUCAUGGUGGUCUUUCUCCAGCUAUUUCCACACUAGACCAGAUUAGAACUAUUGACCGGAAGCAGGAAGUACCUCAUGAUGGUGCCAUGUGUGACCUUCUAUGGUCAGACCCUGAAGACAUGGUUGAUGGUUGGGGUUUAAGCCCUCGUGGUGCAGGGUUCUUGUUCGGUGGAAACGUGGUCACAUCUUUUAACCACGCAAAUAAUUUGGAUUACAUUUGCCGUGCUCAUCAGUUAGUAAUGGAAGGAUAUAAAUGGAUGUUUAACAAUCAGAUAGUUACAGUAUGGUCUGCUCCAAACUAUUGUUACAGAUGCGGUAACGUGGCUGCUAUUCUUGAGCUGGAUGAGAAUUUGAACCAUAAGUUUCGGGUGUUUGAAGCAGCUCCACAUGAAUCUAGAGGGGCUCCUUCAAAGAAACCGGCACCAGAUUAUUUCCUCUAAGAUUGAAUUGGAAAUGUUCUGGAAUAUUAUCUUCGAGUGCAUUUGAGCCGAGUCAUGCGUUGGUAGCAAAUUGUGUGGAAGGCAAGCGAGGUGAGAGAUAAUGUAACGGCUCUAUAAAUGGCCUUAGGGGGCCUUCCAUAUUGGAGCCAUUGGGUCAUGAUCAUCUCUUAUUGAUGUCGAGUUUGCGAUUUUGGUCUUUUUUCUCUUAAUUGGUGGGGGUGUUUACAGUUUUAUUUGUAAGAAAAUGGAAAUGUAUUUCUUUAUACAUAUACGAGUUCAUUCAUUGUAAUAGAUAGAACCCCUAGGUCACGCCCCACCUGCAAAAGACAAAUUUGAAAAGAAAGGUUCAGAUGAAGAGACGCAGCAGGAUAAGAGGAUUCAAGCCAGGGUGAUUUUUUUCGUAUUUUUCUCAGAAAAUUAAUCAUGAAAAAUCAUUUGCAAAAAUAUCUGUAUGGUCAUUUCCUAAUGGAAGAGUUUUUGAUUGAUUUGAUUA